GGAGUCUUUGACGUUCGGCAGAAACGAGCUCAUCGGAGAUAAACGACACUGUGCAGGAAGAGCAUUCAGUAGUUUGUCUUUGAGUUGCCAGUGAAACCUGGCGCUCUGGAUUUUGUCCCCGCUGGAAACGAACACAGAUUUCCUGAAUAGAAGACAUCCAUCCAUUUUCUUAGCCGAUUAUCCUCAUGAGGGUCGCGGGAGUGCUGGUGCCAAUCGUAGCUGUCAACAGGCAAGAGUUGGGUACACCCUAACUAAAGUAAUCUGAAGGAUUCAUCAUGUCCAUAUAUGCACUUCAGUUUGUCACAUGUACUUGCAUACCAUGCAGUUAAAUGUGCAUCAAAACCACAAGCAUAUAAGACUGUACGUGACAUGACAAAAAGGCAAAUGCUAAAUCUCUUUGCACGUCUGCUUUGAAGUGUGUGUAAUUUGCAUAUUGAUUCGCAGUAAAGAAAAUGGGUGAAAGGAAUCUUGGUCAACCUGCACAACAAUGUUCAACCUUGCAGAAAAGUCCUUUGCUGCUCAUACAGCUCUGCAUCAGGACCGUCAUCUCUUUUUUUACUAGAGUAUUGGACAACGCUGUCUCCUGGACCGAAGGAGGCUGUGCAGGACCGAGCACUGACCCACAUGUCAUCAAAGCCAGUUCAAAUGCUGUGACUCCAACCAGUGUAAACUACCAUUUUACACGCAAGUGCAACUACAAGUGUGGAUUUUGCUUCCAUACGGCUAAAACGUCCUUUGUGCUUCCUCUGGAGGAAGCCAAAAGGGGACUCAAACUACUUAAGGAUUCCGGUAUGGAAAAAAUCAACUUCUCUGGAGGAGAGCCAUUCUUGCAUGAAAAAGGAGACUUUCUUGGAAAGUUGGUCCAAUACUGCAAAGAGGAAUUGCAACUUCCAAGCGUCAGCAUAGUCAGCAACGGAAGCAUGAUCAAGGAACAAUGGUUCCAGAAAUAUGGUGACCAUCUUGACAUCUUGGCUAUAUCGUGUGACAGUUUUGAAGAAGCUACCAACCAGCUGAUCGGCCGAACUCAAGGCAGAAAGAGCCACCUGGACAAUCUCUACAAGAUCCAGAACUGGUGUCUGAAAUAUAAAGUGGCCUUUAAAAUUAAUUCAGUCAUCAACACCUUUAACGUGGACGAGGAUAUGACCGAGCACAUCAUUAAGCUCAACCCAGUCCGAUGGAAGGUAUUCCAGUGCCUGCUGAUUGAUGGCGAGAAUGCAGGCGAGGAAGCCCUGAGAGAAGCAGAGAGGUUCAUCAUCAGCGACGAGCAAUUUCAGGAAUUUCUGGACAGACACAAUAGUAUUUCGUGCCUGGUUCCCGAGUCCAAUGAGAAGAUGAGGAAUUCUUACUUGAUCUUGGAUGAAUAUAUGCGUUUCCUUGACUGUCGACAGGGUCGAAAGGACCCAUCCAAGUCCAUCCUCGAUGUUGGCGUCAGCGGGGCCAUCAGCUUUAGUGGAUUUGAUGAGAAAAUGUUUCUGAAAAGGGGAGGCAAAUACGUGUGGAGCAAAGCUGACAUGAAGCUGCAGUGGUGAAGUUAUACCACCAAAGGAUAUUAAAUUGUAUGUACAGACUGCAAGCAUUUUUUAUUUAUAUUUCCAUGUGUUUCCCACUUUUUAUGUAUAGCACUGUUUUAAUAAUCUGUAGGAUGUGGUGUGGAUGGUAAUUUAGACGCAAUAUGUUGUGUUGUUAAUGGUUGAAGUAUUGUUAUGUAUUUUUUAGGAAAAAACUAAAUAAAGCUGAUGAAAAGUUUUUUU